AUGACAGGACGCAAGAGCUUGUUCAUAUUCCUCAUGGGGCUGGCCUGGAAGUGCCGCUUCAGCAUGCCGCUGCUCCUCAGCGGUACUGUGGCAGCGCUCGGGAGGGCUUGGAUGUUCCAGAUCAGGGUACAUACGGUCCACAGGCUUCAUGAGAACGAGCUGGCUUAUUAUGAUGAGGAUGAGGACAUGGAGGAGGAUGAAGGAUCUUGGGAGACACAAUCAACAGAUUCUUGGGAAACUAUAGUAGAGGAAGUGGCGUAUGGGUGA